UCUGAUGUGUGAAGGUCGUCCGGAUAUUAUUCCAUAUAAUUAAUUUAUUAAUUUGUGAUUCGACCAAAGUCAGUGUUUUAAAAAUAAAACAAAUACCUUGAAAGACUUAAGAAACAAAUAAGGAUUACAAAAAUCGAGUGAAUUCAUCGUAGUCUUUGGCAGAAUAAAAUUUUUUUGUGCAAUCAGAAAAAUGGAGGAUUCUGUUGAAUGCGAGUCCGAUGAGGCAUUCGUAUUUAAAAAUAGACAAUAUUCACAGACAAUGAACAUUCCAGAGUAUAAAAAGGAUCAACAGCCUUGGGGCAUUGAUAAUCCUUUGGAUAAUUGUGACGACACUCCUUGGGAGCACUCGUUUUUUCUAAGUGAAAAUCAGUGGAACAGCGAUUCAGAAUGUGAGAGUGACGAAGAACAUCUGUACGUGAAUGAGCAAGUCCUGGAGGAAGAUCCUGAGGAUAAAAAGGGGGACCCAGUGAGACUGAGGACGAACUAUUUCAAGGUUUCCUGUCAACUGGACAAGUAUUUGUAUAAAUACAAAAUCAGAUUCGAAGGGGAUCGACCCACCAAUAUCCAAGAGUUGAUUAAAUCUAAUUUUGAGAUCAUUGGGCCUUACAUCUUGGAAUGGUACUCUCUGUACUGCACCAAGAAACCACCUCUGGAAUUACCCCUGACUGAUGCUGCAAAUCACGUCUAUCUGGAGUUUGUCAAUGAACUCCAGCCUCAAGAGCCUCGUCACCUGAGAAUAUACGAGAUCCUGCUGAAGAGAUCUCUGGAGGAAUUAAAAUUCAAAAUGAUUGGCAAAUGUUACUAUGACCUGGAGUCCCCUGGAAGAAUCGAGAACCACACGUUGGAGGUGUGCCCUGGGUACAUGACUGCUGUCAACAAAUUUCAUGAGGAUGUCCUCAUCGGUGUGGAUGUCACCCAAAAAGUUCUCUCUCGUAUGUCUGUACUGGAUCUUCUGGAACGCACCAUUGAGGAUCAUGGGCCUGACUACCAGGAAGCAUUCAGAGACGAAGUCAUCGGUCUGUCAGUCUGGACACUGUAUGACAAUAAGAUGUAUCGAGUUGAGGAUGUUGCCUUCUCUCAUAAUCCACUCUCGAUACUUCCAGUGGCUGCCCAACGAGGCAACAUGACGUACAAGGAGUUUUUUAAAGAGAAAUGGGGUGUAACCAUUCGAUCGACUUCACAACCGAUGCUGGUUGUGGAUGACACUCCACGUUCAGGUCGUGGCAAGAUCGAAAAAUGUUUCUUGAUACCUGAAGUCUGUGCCAUUACAGGAUUAGUUUCGUCGUUGAAAAAUGAGGGAGACGUAAAAUCGUGGAUCGCAGCUCAAAACCUCGUGACGCCUCAGAGACGCAUCGAGAGGCUCAUGGAUUUUAAUCUCCGUUUGCUGAGAUCUCCCACACUCCAGAGGCAGUUUGAAAAUUGGAAUAUGCUGCUGGAUUCAAAACUGUUCGAGGUGUCAGGACGGGUUCUCCCACCGCAGAAAUUGAUCUUUGGGAAUGACUGCGAGGUGGACGUCGACGUCGAAGGCACCUGGGGACUCGCAUAUAACGAGAAAAAUUUUUUUCACACGAAAGAACUCCAGAAUUGGAUUGUCGUGACGCCGUCAGUCUACAGAAUGGAAACAGAAAAAUUCGUAGGGAAAGUCCUGGAGAACGCUCGUAAUUUUCACCUUUCACAGCCUCGUUGGCUCGAGGUGACAGAUCUGUCAGCUGAGGGCUACAGUUCAGCCCUUGAUCGAGCAAUUUUUGAUUAUGAGCCAAGAGCUGUGAUGGUAAUAACUCCAGGACGUCAUCCUUACAUCUACCCUGCCAUAAUGAAGAAGUGCUACGAGGAGUACUCAGUUCCCUGUCAAGUCAUCACCGAUGGAUGUUUCUCGUCAGAUCAGCAGAAUGAUUUUGCCGUCAAAGUGGCUGUUCAACUCAACUGCAAAAUGGGAGGUAUACCCUGGACCAUUUACAUGCCUCUGGAGAGACUCAUGAUUGUUGGGGUGGACGUGUGCCAGGACAAAAUUCAUAAAGACAGGAAUUAUCUCUCUCUCGUUGCCACUCUUGAUAAAAAUCUUACGAAUUAUGUCACCCUGAGUAGUUGCUACGAGACAGAGGGCCAGAAAACAUCUUGUCUAAUGACAAAUCUCUCUAAAGCCCUCGACAAAUUUCGCGAUGUCAACGACAAGCAUCUCCCUUCGAGGAUAAUAAUCUACCGAAGAUCUGGUCUCACCAAAGAAGUACAAGUCAUCACAGAGUAUGAAGUUCGUCGUGUCCAUGAUGGCCUAGCCAGAUUUUAUGGUGAAGAGAAUCGAGUUAAACUCUCAUUCAUUAUUGUAUCCACGAAUCCACGCACCAGACUCUUCCAUGGAGCAGAAAAUCCACCUCUGGGGACUGUCGUCGAUUCUGUCAUCACGCAACCCACGAGGAAUGACUUCUACUUGGUCUCUCAUGUCUCUAAGGAAAACAGUCUCACUCCCACGUACUACAAUGUCGUUCAUAAUUCUGCUCGUUUGUCCUUGGAAAAAAUUCAAAUAAUCUCUUACAGAUUAACACACAUGUAUUUCACGAAUAGUCACACCAUUCGAGUUCCUGCUCCUUUACAAUACGCUUAUAAACUAGGAGCUAUGGUCGCUAAUUCUCUUCACACUCCUCCACGGUCGGAGAUUAAGAAUCUCUUUUUUGUUUGAAUCUCUUUGAGGACAGAUUUAAAUUUUGUAAAAUGUAACUUCUAUGCAGGAGAUUUCAUCUUUAAUCGAGCCUUUGAAUAAUAUUAAUAUUAUUUAUUUCGUGUUUAGUAUUUCUUAACAUUUCACAGAUUCCGAAUUUAAAUCGCGCGGGGAACAGAAAACGAAGAUUUAAUUUGUUUUAGUACGUUAAUUUUCUCCUCUUUUUAUAGUUAAUUUUUUUAGUCAUAAAAGAUGCUGGAAAAUCAUUUUUCUCUUUUAAAAAAACCUGUGGGAUUUUUGAAAAUUCUCAUCAAUCUCUCCUAUGGAGAUUAAACUGUCAAUAGUUAUUUAUAUUUUUUAUAAGAUACCAGUUGCA